CAGUCAUACUUAAAUGACAGCUUAUUCUAAAAGUUGUCUAUGAUUUAUGACAAAUAGUUAUUUAAGUUUUUAUUUUUUUUUGGAAAAAUAAAAAUUUUGUUAUACAAUAACAUAAUGUCCACAAUACUUCGUUUCCUACCAAAGGCUCAAUGCUCUGUUUGGUCCAGAACAAUAUUGACUUCAUCACAAAUUAGACAUAAGUCGGAUGUUGUAAAUGAGGCUCCAACAAUCGAUUCGUCUGUUGUAUUGUCACGUCCUGAAGAAUUAGAGCAGAAAAAUAAACUUGCAGGAACAAUAACAGUUCCCAAAAAAGUAGAUAUAAGCCCAAUAACUGGUGUACCAGAAGAGCAUGUCAAAACUCGACGUGUCAGGAUAUCAAUGCCUCCAAAAAAUGCAAUGCAAAGUGGUACUCAUAAUAUUCAAUGUUGGAAAAUCGAAUUUGAUAACCGAGAACGUUGGGAAAACCCCUUAAUGGGAUGGGCAUCUUCGGGAGACCCUUUAUCAAAUAUGGAAGUGCGCUUUAAUUCUGCUGACGAAGCUGCAGAAUAUUGUGAAAAGAACGGUUGGAGAUGGUACAUUGAAGGCGACGAAAAACCAAAAAAGGAACGUGUAAAAAAUUAUGGCGUUAACUUUGCAUGGAAUAGACGUACACGUGUUUCUACCAAAUAGUUGUACAAAGCGGUAUAAUAAAUAUUAAAAAGUUAUAAAAUUAGUUAUAAAAGUU